AUGGCAACGUCGACGAUAGCUAUAACAACCGAUAUCAUACAUGUUACAACAAUAACAGCAGACACAACAACGUUACCAACGACCGAUUCCACAACUGAUGCAGCAACAACAACAGCAGCAGAUACAACACCGUUACUAACCGCAGGAGAAACCAGCACGACAGGGACAACCGUUGUGGCUGCUACAUCAACGGGUGCGUUCACAUCCGAUGCUGAAACCCCAUCAACCAUGUCUACAGAAAAGGGCACAACUGAAGAUAUAACUACCACCUCAGAUACACCAACAACCUCCUAUACAGUAACAGCAACCAAAAUUAUAACAUCAAUUGCAACACAUUCAACUGAUGGAGAUACUUCAACUGCAUCCUCAACACCCUCAGACACGGGCACUUUCGAAACUACACCUGGUUCACCUGUAACCACAGGUGGAACAACAACAGCACUGUCAGUAUCUAUGACAACCAAAGAUCAGAAUCCACCACAAACAACAGUAUCAACAGCACUAAUGGGAACAUCUAAUCCAAGAACACAAACCACAGGGCCAGACACCCCUGAAACUCCCGAUCCAUAUGCAUCAACCACCGCGCCUGAAACCCCCGAAACUCCCGACCUAGAUGCAUCAACAACCGCGCCUGAAACCCCUGAAACUCCAGACCCAGAUGCAUCAACAACCACGACAGAAACCCCUGAAACUCCCGACCCAGAUGCACCAACAACCACGACAGAAAUCCCGGAUCCAAGUGCACCAACCAUACCAACAGCAGCGUCAGGAACCCCUGAUCCAAGUGAACGGGAUUUGACUACUACUUCCGAGGAAACAUCUACUAGAGAUGCAGAUUCUACAACAAGCUCCCCUAAAGAUUCCCUAUCGUCUGGUGCCAUCGCGGGUAUCGUCAUCGGAUCAUUAGCAGGAACUGCUGCUUUGGCAGGCGGUGUUGGACUUGCUUUGUAUUAUACGAAGCAUACCAUGGGUGGAGCUUCUGUUACGCCAAACUAUUCCAGUCAGAGCAAUAUUCGUAUGACGAAGAUGGAGGAAGGGGUUGCUGGUAAUAAUUCGAAUGUGUCUAAAGAAAACAACAUUAAGUGA